AUGCCGAGAAAGGACCCUAUCAUAUUUGUUAUCGGCUGCACAGGAACUGGAAAAAGUGAUUUGGGAGUGGCAAUUGCGAAAAAGUACAAUGGAGAGAUAAUAAGUGUCGAUUCGAUGCAGUUCUACCAAGGCCUCGACAUUGCAACAAAUAAAAUCACAGUAGAAGAAGCUGACGGAGUUCCCCACCAUAUGAUGUCGUUUCUUGAUCCUUCAAGCACAGCAGGAUAUCAUGUUCAUCAGUUUCGUUCGGAGGCAUUAAGACUAAUUGAUGAAAUUCGCGAUCGAUAUCGAAUUCCAAUUUUAGUUGGUGAUGAUGAAACGUCCGACACUGAAUUUCCAGAAAACGAUUUAUCGAACGCGGAACUUUGGGAGAUGUUGAAAAAGAUUGAUCCGGAAUCAGCAAAACUCAUUCAUCCAAAUCGAAGAAAACGCGUAAUUCGGGCAAUUGAAGUUUUUCGACAGACGGGAAAAAAGAAAAGUGAACUCAUCAAAGAACAGAAAUCGUCAGAAAAUGCGGACCUUGGUGGCCGAUUAAGGUAUCCAGAUUCACUUGUUAUUUAUAUGGAUGCGGCACCUGAAGUUCUUGAGAAGCGACUUGAUACGAGAGUUGAGAAAAUGAUUCGAAUGGGGUUAAAAAAUGAACUGAUUGCCUUCUACGAUAAGCACAAAUCGUUCAUUUCAUCGAAUUCAUAUGGAGUAAUGCAAUGUAUUGGUUUGAAGGAAUUCGUUCCUUGGUUAAGUCUUGAUACGGAACAAAGAGAAUCUCGGCAAGGAAUCAAGUUGUUCGAACAAGGAUGUGAAGACGUAAAAUUGCACACGAGACAGUAUGCUCGACGACAGAGGAGAUGGUACAUGUCAAGGUUAUUGCGAAGAUCCGACGGCGAAAGGAAAAUGGCGAGCACAAAAAUGAUUGACACAUCUGACAAAUCCUUGAUUAUCUCAACGGGUAUGGAUAUCGUGGACAGUUGGAUGAGCGGUAUCAAUUAUUUUGAAGAAGUGCCGCAAGGAUCUCGAUUAAACAGCGUUGAUGCCAACAUUCUAAAAACAUGCGAUGUUUGCAAUAUCAUAAUUAGCGGAAAGAAUAAUUGGGAGAAACACAUUGCCGGGAAACCUCACCGUCAUCGUCAAAAGAAGUUUGCGAGUCAACGAACCGGAAUAACCGCUUAA